GGCAAAUGGUACCACAGAAGAUUCCGGCCAACCUGCUGGGACUGGGCAAGAACAAGAUCAGGGGCAGCAACAAGCUGGUGAAGACAUCCAAUGGGUGGAAGAGUCUGGACAACCAGCUGCAGAUGCUGCUCAGGUAGCAGGAGAAGAAGGCACAGACAAACAAAAAGAACCAUCUGAAAAUAUCCCCAAAACAGGUGAUGAUGAAGUUACAGGGGACGGUCAGCAGGCACAGCCUGAUGCAGACACUACUACUGAAGACCAGGCACCAAAGCCUGAGGAGAGUGCCGCUGAAGAAAGUGCUCAGGAACAGCAAGUGGACAGCAGUGAACAGCCAGAGGCAGCAACUGCAGGUGAGCAGCCAUCUGAUGACACUGCUGGCAAGGAGGCCGAUGCUGGGCAGACCGCUGACCAGGAGAAACAGCCAGAGGACACACCAACAGAGGGCAGUGAACAGCAAGCAAAGCCAGAAGAAACAUCGGGAGAGGCUAGUGAACAGCAAGCACAGCCAAAGGAGACCACAGGAGAUACUAGCGAGCCGCAAGCACAGCCUGAGGAAGCUACAGGAAACAGCAGUGAACAGCAGGCUGCACAAGAGGAAGCAGCAAAAGAUAGCAGCAAGCCACAGGAACAGCCUGAAGUUGUAGACGGACCCAAGGAUGGCGAAGCCACUGCAGCUGCCGAGGAAGUAGUCCAGGGGCAGGAGCCAGCAGAUGUGACAGGGGAGGUAACUGAUGACACAGAGGGCGGAAUGCCCGCAAACUUCUUCUACAACUAUGCAGAGCUGGUGUCUAAACCACACGUGACACAAGACUCUGGCAUCCCACUCAACCUGAUGGAGUUACACCACUCAUUUGGCUAUGACUGCAAGCGUCGCUCCAACCUGCACCUUGUGGAUAAAGACACUGUGGUGUUCAUUGCUGGUAAUGCUGUGGAGGUGUUGGGUCUGGAGACAGGCGAACAGAAAUACUUACACAGCACCAGUGGAAGGGGUGUCGGUGCAUUGACGGUUCAUCCAAGCCAGAAGUACUUUGCAGUUGCGGAGAAAGGGGACCAGCCCAACAUCAACAUCUACGAGUGGCCGUCCAUGAAGCUGUACCGCAUCAUGCGGGCGGGAACGGCCGAAGCCUACGCCUUCGUGGACUUCAACCCCAGCGGCGACCUGCUGGCGUCAGUGGGCAGCUACCCUGACUUCAUGCUGACCAUCUGGGACUGGAAGAACGAGCAGAUCGUCCUCAGGUCAAAGGCCUUUGGGCAGGACGUGUUCAGGGUGACGUUCUCCCCGGAAAAUGAGGGCUUCCUCACAUCGAGCGGUAUUGGCCAUGUCCGAUUCUGGAAGAUGGCCAAGACUUUCACUGGUCUGAAGCUGCAAGGAGAGUUGGGAAGGUUUGGCAAGACCUCCAUCACAGACAUAGAAGGCUAUGUGGAACUGCCGGAUGGCAAGGUGCUGUCUGGGACGGAGUGGGGGAACCUGCUGCUGUGGGAGGGGGGCCUGAUCAAGGUGGAGAUCGGACGGAAGGGGAGGAAGCCCUGUCACCAGGGCGAGGUCGAGCAGCUGGUGAUGGAUGAGGGGGAGCUCAUCACCAUCGGGGCCGACGGCUGCGUCAGGGUGUGGGACUUUGAGACGGUGGACACAGCUGACACGGUGGACGACACGGGACUGUUUGAGAUGGAGCCCAUGAAUGAGCUGGAGGUGGGCAGCGGAGUGCACCUCAAGUCCAUGACCAAGUCUGUGGACCCUGAGCAGUCCACUGUGUGGUAUGCACAGGAUGCCAAUGGAGGGAUCUGGAAGCUGGACCUCUCCUUUUCUCACACGACCAAAGCUCCAGAGCAGCUGUAUCACUACCAUGCAGGGAAGGUGUCGGGGCUGUCAGCGUCUCCGAACACUCACCUGUUUGCCACCAUCGGAUCAGACAGCCGUGUGCAUGUGUAUGACCACGCUGCCAAGCUGCCCCUGUGUACUGCCAAGUACACUGCUGGUGGCUCGGCACUUUGUUGGGCACCGCUGCUGGUGGAUCCAGAGGGCUCUACCCUGAUUGCUGGCUUCACUGACGGAGUGGUGCGUGUUCUGACGGUCGCGAAAAAGCCCCAGGCUGAUGGCAACAACAGUGGAGAGGCUCCCACUGAAAUCACUCUACAGCAGGCAUUCAAACCACACGCAGGGACUGUUACAGCCAUGGCUUUGGACAGCAAGGCGAAGAUUCUUGCCACUGGGGGUGAAGACAAGACUAUCUUUUUCCUGACUGUUGGGGAAAAGUAUGAGCCCAUCGGUUUUGUUGAUGUACCUGGACCAGUGUCCUGUAUUGAGUGGUCCCCUGAGGCAGAGGGUCCCCAGAAACUGUUGGUGUGCUGCACCAAUGGCACGGUUGUGGAGUUAGCUGCCCCAGAGCCAGGGACAAACGACACAUCAACAACCUUCAAGAUUGAAGGUCUCGAUAUGCGAGGCUUCACAUUCAAAAGCAUCAAGUCAGAGUUACGGAGGGAAGAAGAGCGUGUAAGAAAGGAGGAAGAGAGAGAGCAGAGAAAGAAGGAGAGAGAACGUAGGAGGAAGAUCAGGGAACAACAGGGUCUAGAGGAUGAUGAAGAGGAGGUUGAGGAAGGUGAGAUCGAGCUGGAGACUCCCAUGUACAUCCCCCCUGUGCCCAGCCCCAUCCUGCAGGGUUUCUACCAUGGACCACCUGGGACUGUCUGGCUCUCGAUGGGUGAGUUUGAUGCUGGUUACCUGUACGAGUGCAAGCUGCCUGAGGGUGCUGAGGAGAUCGAGGCUGUGAAACCCAGCAGGGCGGUCCCCAUGCUGGAGACAGAUGAUGUACCCAUCACAUGUGUCUCCCUCAGCUGCAACAAGCGUCAGGUGCUGCUGGGUCUGGAGAACGGCAGCGUGCGCAUCCACCCGCUGGAGGGGGACCAGGAGUGGGACGACAGGGACAUCGCCGCCGAGUUUGGGUCGUACUGGCAGUACAGCGUACACGACUCCCACGCCGGCAGCAUCACGCAGAUCGCUACCAGCUUUGAUGACCAGUUCCUCUUCACGGCGGGGGCGGACGGCAACGUUUUUGCCUUCAUGAUCUUGUCUCAAGAGGAGAUUGACAGAUCCAGGGCGGCAGAGAGGGCCAAAGUUCCCUCUGCUAAGUGGAAGGAUGAAGAGUUCAUCAGAAGGGUGGAAGAUAUUGAGAAGGAAGACCAUUACAGCAUUGAGGAUGCCAAGCAGAAGGCAGAGCAUGACAAGAUGAUGCGUUUGGCUGAGGAGCAGAAACAGAAGACAAGAAAAGCCAUCAACCAGCUACGGCGUAAAUUCCACAAGCUGAUAGAACAAAACCAAGAGCUUCCAGAUCACGCACAGCUGGACCGAAUGGAGUUUGAGCUGGAUCCAGAGAACCGGACAGAGAUGGAACAGAUGACCCUGGAGAGGUUGCAGCUGGUGCAUCGGGAGCUGGAUUGGGAGAAAGAGAAGCACACGUUGGCACUGCACAAGCUGAAAGCCAGGUUUAAGGACAUCCUGAUGUCGGAGCGGCUGGUCGUGCACAGCUUCGAGACGGGUCACCUGGUCUCGACCUUCCGGCUGGGGAAGCUGUCGGAGGAGUACUACCAGCUGCGGAGGGAGAUGGAGCAGCGACAGUCCUCCGUGGUGGAGCCCGGGGAGUUCGGGAGCACGCGGGAGUCAACCGACUACUCCAUCAAAGUUGCAAAGGAAAGUGAGGAUGAGGAUGAUGCCAGCCAUGCUGGCCUGGGUAUACCGGGGACAGUUCCUAAGAAGGGACAAGUCCAGCUGACUGGGAGGUUGGGAGAAAAGGUCGCCAAGGCCCUGAGGAAGGCUGAGCAAGCCAAGAAAAGGAGAGAAAAAAGGCAAACAGAGUGGGAUGCCCUACUCAGCAAUAAGCCUGAUGAGAACUAUGAGGAUCCGCAAGACCUGGCCGAUAUCAAGAAUGCUCAGGAGAACAUGGGAGAUGUCAAGCUGAAGACUGCCAAGGACUACACUGUCCCAGAGCACCUGAGGAUGAACGCAGAGAAGAAGAGAAACCAGCUUAUUGUCCUGAGAGGAUUGAUUCAUCACCAAAAGGAACUAUUCAACCGGAGGGUGUAUGCUUUAAGGCAGGAAAAAAUCGGUGUCAUAGAAGAGAUCCAGCAGCAUGUGUCUGCCCUGGAAGCCUUGCAGUCCCAGUUGGCGCCUGGCAAGAGAAAGGGCCUUCCUCCUGUUCCACAGUUACUGCCAGAUGAGCAGCCUGAAAAACAAAUGGAGUAUGACAGAUCAUCUCUGCUGAGGUUCAAGAAAGACUUGGCUGCCAGAGAGGCCGCUGCUAUCAAGGGUACAGACAGCAGUGGAGGGUUUGGUGGAUUUGGAGGUUUUGGUGGGGGAGGAAAAGCUCCUGACAAACAGGCUGAGGCAGCAGCAGAAGCCUCUCCACCUCCCGAAUCAGGGGGCAACAAACAGGCCGCAGUUUCCCCGACCACUGCAGCGGCGCAGGAGGCUCAGUGGCAGGACAACCAGGAGGACCUCACCCCACUGGAAAUACAGCUGCGCAAUGCUGAGGAGAUAAGGCUGCUGUACAAGAGAGACACCCACCUGGAGGAGGUGCAGGAGCUGCUGAACAGGUUCGAUGCCAAGCUGCAGCUGCUCUGCCACGAGAAGCUGCAACUGCAGGUGGAGCAGAAGAUGGCCGACCUGCGCCACAUCACUCUGUUCGAGGAGCUGGUCCUUCUCAAGGAGUUCGAGAAGAGAGAGAACGUCCUUGCCGACAAGGUCAACAACAAGAAGCAAGAGAGGGCUGAUAUGGAAGUCAAAGUGACAGAAUGCCAGGCCAAGCUUGAGGCCAAGAAGAAGGACAUCGACAAACUCCUGGACAAAGAAAGAGUUCUGCUGUCAAAUUUCCAGGCUUCUCUGGGUGACAACAACAAGUUUGCUGACUUCCUGACAAAGGUUUUCAAAAAGAAAAUCAAGAGAGCAAAAAAGAAGGCAGAAUCUGAAGAGGGAUCUGAUGACGACAGUGAUGACUCUGAUGACGAGUCGGACUGGUCCAGCAGCGAGGAGGAGGGCAGUGAGGAGGGAGGUCUGGAUGACAGCGUCUGUCCGCCUGGAUGCGACCCAGAAAUGUUUGACAAUGUGUGCCAGCUGAGGGAGCGAAGACUGGAUAUUGAGGAGGCCCUUGCUGAGGAGAAGAAGGCACAAGACGUGCUGAAGAAGGAAUUCGAAACCCUGACCAAGAAGGCCAGAAUCAUGGACUCUGCUCUGAAGACUGCAGAGGGUGACUUGGAGGCCUUCCAGCUUGAGAAGCAGCAGAAGCUGAAUGAGCUGGAUGUGGUGGUCCCCCUGCGGCUGCACCAGGUGGAGCACAUGUACAACGGCAUCGUACCCAACGACUUAUCACCCUGCCUGGUCUUCACCUCAUCUGCCAUGGGCAACCUGCAGCACAGGAUCAAGGAGCUGCAACAGGAGAAGAAAGUCCAGAAGAACAGAUACAAGGAGUAUCGCCAGCAGCACGUGCAGCUCCUGAAGGACAGGAAGGAGAUGGAGGCCAUCAUCGCGGAGCUGGAGGAGAAGUGCCACACCAUGAUGAUGCUGAAGUUCGGUCGCGUUGUCGACCUCGAGAGACUGGAGUCGCUGCGGGUCAACCGCAACAUCGAAGAGCUGAAGGAGAAGCUGAGAGCAAACGAGCUGAAGUCUGCUGCCAACUUGGCCAAGUGGGGGGAGAGAGUCCAGAUGGAGAGAGACAGAAUUACGGAGCUGACCAGAAACAACACCCAGCUCCUGGACCAGCUCAACCUGCUGCUGGGGGAGAGGAAGGAACUGGAAACAGCUCUGGAUGCUCGGCAGAAAAAUUUGGGCGGCGAGUACCAGGGAAAUCGCCGUGCCGACAUGCGCGAGCGACAGCGCCUAAUCCAGCUGGUGCAGCUUCAGGCUCAGGAGAUCGAGGCUCUGAAGGAGGAGAUCGGGCUGCUGUCGCGCAAGGGAGGGCACAUCCUGCCCCCUGCACAGCCUCCAACACAUUCUUGAUUUUCAUCACUUGUAGAAGAGUUUUGAAAUGCCUUCCCUGUAUUUUGUGGUGUUGGACUCACUGAACAUUUAUAGCAUUUAAUUCAAGUUUCAGCUGUUUCGCUCAGCCACAGGAUCAACUGAAACAUGUAAGAAAUUCUAGAUAUAUAUAAGGUGAUACAGUUUACUGUAUUGUGAGAAGUGAAAUACAGGACACAUCUGUAUGUAUAUGUAUAUAAAUUAUGGUGAGGUUGAAAUGUGCCUUAUUUGCCAAUGGCCCUCAAUUUUCGGAUUCUCAGAAAAAGGCAUUGCAAUGAAUUAGUUGUAUGUAAUGUAUAGCAUGUAUGCUUCUAUACACUUUUCUGCUGAUAGAAAACUGACAAAGUUGACUUCUUUUGAAUUCAAGACACAGAGUUAAGAUUGUUGUAGGCAGGUUUAUUUUACUACACUGAGGACAUUGAAUAAUGGAAACAUGUUAUCAAUAAAUCUAUCUGUUCACCAGCAA